AUGAAGAAGACCAGGAAGGUCGUCGUUGAAUCCGAGUCAGAAGCGGAGGCGAGCGACGCAGAGGACAUCCGGACUUCGCCUCCCGUCGGCGGUUCCAACGAGGAUCGCGUGUUCGCGUAUCUGAACACUGCUGCUACCGACGCCAUACAAGAACUCACUGGUGAGUUUCAAGAUUUGAUAUCCUCGAAGAACCCAGGUGAGAGCUCUAUUCCAGGAUGCACAAUGGAGCAGGCCGCAAAGAUCAUCGAGCUACGACCUUUCACCUCCGUCGAUGAUCUUAAGGAGAAACUUGGUCAAGGGAAGAAAAAGGCUGGGCCUGCCGGAAUCAGCUCACGAAUGUUCGAAGACUGUACCGCCAUCUUUGAGGGAUACCGAGCCGUCGACGAUAUCCUCCGCGACUGCGAAAAGAUUGGAGCGCAGCUACGCGCGGCAAUAGCCUCUUGGAGCCACCCCCGACCGUCCACUAAGGGCAAGGAAAGGGAUGGCACAUCUUCGCAGGAGACUUCUAUAGUCUCCCCGUUGAACGAUGCGGACGACGGGGCCUUGCAUAUACUCAAGGACUACCAAUUAGCAGGCUUGAACUGGCUGCGACUCCUAUAUCGCAAAGGGUUGAGCUGUAUUCUAGCGGACGAGAUGGGUUUGGGCAAGACCAUUCAAGUCAUAAGCUUCUUUGCUCACCUCAAGGAACGUGGUAACAAAGGGCCGCACUUGGUUGUUGUUCCCUCCUCCACCCUCGAAAACUGGUGCCGAGAAUUUGCGCGAUUCGCUCCAGACAUGGUUAUUCAGACAUACUACGCUGGCAAAGACGAAAGACCGAUGCUUCGGGAAACGUUAAAAGAAACACAAGCGUGCAAAGGUGUAGAGAAUGGCUGGGAGGUACUGAUCACGACAUACAAUCUCGCCCAAGGUGAUGAUAAGGAUCGAAAAUUCUUCAAGAGGAUUGAGUGGGAUAGCUGCGUCUUCGACGAAGGACAUGUCCUCAAGAACUUUCAAUCACAGCGCUAUCAGGCGCUCCUGAAGUACGAAUCGAAGUGGCGGCUGUUACUCACGGGGACACCGUUGCAGAACAACCUACAAGAGCUUGUGUCGCUGAUGAAUUUCAUCCUACCCGAACAUUUCGCUGAGGCUUUGGGCUCACUCCGGGCUAUCUUCAAGGUGAAGGGCGACUCGAAGGUCUCUUUGCUCGCCCAGGAACGUGUUUCUCGUGCAAAGAAAAUGAUGACUCCGUUCGUGCUACGAAGGCGAAAAGACCAAGUCCUCAAGGAUUUGCCUAAGAAGGUGGAGCGCAUCGAGUGGUGUGAUAUGAGCGCCAUCCAGAAGUCGAUAUAUCGCGAGACGCUCCAACGAUCCCGCAAGACUAUCUUCGACGCUGCCGAGAAUGACGAGAAUCAGGCGGAGCCUGAGUCAGACAAAAUGUACAUCGAGAACAGUUCGAACGUGCUCAUGGAUCUGCGUAAAGCAGCCUUGCAUCCGAUGCUCUUCCGGAAGCUGUUCACCGACGAUACGUUGGCUAGUAUGACAAGGCUCUUGAUGAAGGAGCCCGAUUACAAGAAACGGAAAGCCGUGUCCCAAUACGUGAGGGAGGACCUCGAGGUGAUGACGGACGCCGAACUGCAACUAUUCUGCAAAGGAUACAAGUCUCUGCAGAAGUUUGUGCAAGAUGAUAAAUGCUACCUCGACGCUGGCAAGAUCACGGUGUUACUGAAGCUCAUCAGGCAGUAUAUAGCCCAAAGUCGUCGGAUCCUUGUCUUUUCUCAGUUCACACAAGUGCUUGACAUCUUGGAGACCAUCCUCAGACAACAAGAUGUCAAGUUCGUCACCUUGACAGGCUCAACCCCAGUGGACGCCCGUCAGGCCCUGGUGGACGACUUCACUGAAGACGAGUCAAUACCAGUCUUCCUUUUGUCUACCCGUGCUGGUGGAAUGGGCAUCAACCUGACUGCUGCGAGUGUUGUCGUCAUGUAUGAUCAAGACUUCAACCCACACAAUGACAGGCAGGCCCAAGAUCGCGCUUACCGCAUCGGUCAGAAACAGGAUGUCGACGUCGUAAAACUCGUCACCAGAGGUACGAUCGAGGAGGACAUGUUGCGACUGGGCGAGACGAAACUGGCCCUCGAUGAAGCCGUCGCAGGGGAGGUGGUGGAGGGCGAGGGCAAAGGCGAGGGACAGGCUGAGAAGCAGAUGAAGGAGAGCUUGAUGAGCGUGUUGAGGAAGCAGUUUGAGAGUGAAGAAAGCGAGCGGGAUGGGCAGCCUGAAUUGUCGACAAAGGAGAGCAGCACUAAGGAGGCGGACGCGAGAUCUGCCAGUCCGUUGACGGAUAUGGAGGACUGA